UAGAUAGAUAGAUAGAUAGAUAGAUAGAUAGAUAGAUAGAUAGAUAGAUUGAUAUAAUGUUCUUAUUUGGAAUAUAGAAUAGAUGUUCUUUCUAUGAAGCCCAUGUCCCAGAGUCAAUAGGCAGUAAGUCAGUCCAUGGGAUAUUGCUGGGGUGUCUGUACUUGCUCUCAAUGAGUGUCCCUGAUCCCAGGCACCCAGACACAGGAGAAAUCCCCAAGCCAGGCUUUUGUAUGACAUAAAUUAAUAUCUUGUCUAAGCCGCAGCUAUAAAUGAGCCCUGGGGGGGAUGCUGAGGUCUGAGGAUGUGGGGCAGCCCUGAGGGAGGAGAGUGCGCCCAGUCAAUUAGGGAGGCCAGGCUUUUCCUUGCUAUGAACUUGCCCUGCUGGGAGGAGAGCAGCUGCCACUUUUACUGCUGGAUUCCCACUCUUGGAGGGACACGGGAGAGAGAGAGAGAGAGAGAGAGAGAGAGAGAGAGGGGCACGUUGGUUUCAGCAGUCCAGUUUGUCAAGCUGAACUUUCCUCACUUGUUUCUUUGAGCUGUCUGAGCCUGGGGUAGAGUGGUGCCAGGGACAGACCAUGCUAAGCCGGAGGAAGGUGAUGGGCAGGAGGCAGCAGCAGGUGUAACGCUUCUCACCCAGGCUCUCUCUUCACCAGGUGAUUUCCCAAGGGAGAGAUGCAGAGGGCAAGGGAAUGGCACGCUCUCCUCGCUGUCUCCUUACUGCUGCUCACUGGCACCGGGCAGGGCAUCGGGGAAGUGCGCACGGGAGACAGGAAAGCGCUGCUCGACCUCCUGCUGAAGGUUAUCGGGGACUCUAACACCCACAGAGAAAGCGCAAGAGUCAUUGCGCGGCGGUACAGCGAGCGGGCGGCUCUACGAGCUGCAGAUCAGUCCUCCAGGGAGAGAGAAGCGUCUGACACCAAGGCCGGCACCAAGCGACCAAUAGAAAUAUUAUCUCGGGAUCCCAGCCUAAAAGACAAGUUCAUAAAUCAUUUUACAGGUCCAGUCACAUUCUCAUCUGAAUGCAACAAACAUUUUAUUCGAGUUUACCACAACACAAAGGACUGUUCAACACCCCUUUACUACAAAAGAUGUGCAAGGCUGCUGACACGGUUAGCAAAAAGCUCAUUGUGUUCACGACCUUAAAAAGAUACUGAUAUCUUAUUUACUAAAACAGAACUCCGAUCUGCCAAGAAUGUGCCUUGAUACUACUCUGAGAUAGUACGGAUGUUUUAUCCCAUGAUGAUCUGAGCUACUGUUUACAUCUUGAAGGCAUCUUUUACAUUAUGUUGAACAUUCCAUAAUCAUGUGAAUACAGUAAAAUCUCAAUUUUACAUCCCAUGAUUUUAAGUUUUCCCUAAUUUUACACUGUAUUUGUGGU